AUGUUAAACUCGUGGGAUACCAGGUACCCAGCCCACGUCGGAGGUCUGCGUGUUGGGUUCGAUAUCCUGCAUUUGGAGCCAUCCACACUCACAGUACCAUCUAAUCAUGACAUAUCGUGGUUGCCUGAUUCCUGCGAUUCUCGCUGGCGGCUUGGUUUGAAGAUAAACCUGACGGCACCUAGGUCACACAUGGCUUCGUUAAUUUACCGGGGCUCCUGCCAUGGCCAAUUAGAAGGGUUUCCAAGUUGGAUCUUGCAGGCAAAGGACACGCUAUUGAAGUUCAUCUCAACUAGGAACGCGCCAGUAGUACCCGGUGAGAUAGAACAUGGCGGCAGUAUAUCCGCGUUUUCUGCUCUAUACGUUAGAGUGUGUAUCCCGCAGGUGAAUCUUCUAGGUCCGUAUCUCCUGGGUAUAAACACGACCUAUCCCCGUUCACGGACUCUGACCUACCGCAUGUUCCCAGCGCUCCAGGUGUUGGCACUGUCACUGGAUGGGACAGACUACAAUAAUGCACUCGACGGGAAAGUAGCCACCAAACCCACUCAGCAAGCCAUAGUCGAAGGCUCCCAGUACGCCUGGGAGUCUACAGCCAUCAGCGCAUCUCUGCUAUGGAGAACUACCUCGGACGACGAUGACGUAGAAGGAUUCUCAGGAGCAGUUUUAUGUCUUGGAAGACCUUCAGACCAAAACGUCAAAGCUGUGGUGUCUCAAAACUUCGUUACCCUAGUUAAGAAAUAG